AUGGAGGGCAACAAUAAUCGUCUCUACCUCAACAUUGGGAACAACAACGACCGUUUGGCUCCCGGCGGCGAUCGACAAUUUCCCACCACGCCCUCCACCUUCCCCCAGCCUGUCUUCCCUCAUCAAGGCCAGCACCAACAGCAGGCCGGCAUGCAGCAUCAGCAGCAACAGCAACAACAACAGCACCAGCACCAACAGCAACAACAUCCGCCUCAGCAGCAGCAACAGCCCUACGCUACCGGUUACGCCCCCUCUGGUUACUUCAUGCCGAACCAGCAGCAGCAGCAAGGCCAGUACCCUCCUCAGGGUCACGGGGACUACAAUGCUGCCUAUCAGCCUCGCUCGAACACGCCCGGCACCAACGAUCCGAACGUCGGCCUCGCUCACCAAUUCUCCCACCAGAACCUAGGCGGCGCUGCACGGGCAUCGCCAUACGGCUCUCGCGGCCCCUCGCCCGGCCAGCGACCUCGCACUGCCGGUGCUUCGGGACAGCCGCCCUCGGGUUAUGGACACUAUGCAACGCCUCCGAUGCCCACCCAGUCCGCAGCGCCCGUCGAGGCUUUCGCCCCGGCCCCUGAGCGCCUCUACGAGAAGUAUGGCCCCAAUGCCAACAACAACCAGAAGAAAUGUACCCAGUUGGCGUCCGACUUCUUCAAGGACAGCGUCAAGCGCGCCAGGGAACGCAACCAGAGGCAGAGCGAGAUGGAAGUCAAGCUCUCUGAGCCUGGCCAGAGCCAGCAGCGACGCGAGCAGAUCUGGUCUACCGCCGGCCGCAAGGAGGGUCAAUAUCUGCGAUUCCUGCGAACCAAGGACAAGCCCGAGAACUACAACACCAUCAAGAUCAUCGGCAAGGGCGCGUUCGGCGAGGUCAAGUUGGUGCAAAAGAAGAACGACGGCAAGGUCUACGCCAUGAAGUCCCUGAUCAAGACGGAGAUGUUCAAGAAGGACCAGCUCGCCCAUGUCCGUUCCGAGAGAGAUAUCCUGGCCGAGUCCGACAGUCCUUGGGUCGUCAAGCUUUUUACCACUUUCCAGGACUCUUACUUCCUGUACAUGUUGAUGGAGUUCUUGCCCGGUGGUGACUUGAUGACCAUGCUUAUCAAGUACGAGAUCUUCUCCGAGGACAUCACGCGGUUCUACAUUGCAGAAAUCGUUUUGGCGAUCGAAGCCGUCCAUAAGCUGGGCUUCAUCCAUCGUGACAUCAAACCCGACAACAUUCUGCUGGACCGCGGAGGUCAUGUCAAACUGACUGAUUUCGGUCUGUCUACCGGCUUCAACCGUCUACACGACAACAACUACUACCAGCAGCUGCUGCAAGGCCGUUCCAACAGACCGCGCGACCGUAACUCUGUCGCCAUCGACCAGAUCAACCUCACCGUCAGCAACCGAUCUCAAAUCAACGACUGGCGCCGGUCGAGGAGAUUGAUGGCCUACUCUACCGUCGGAACGCCCGACUACAUCGCCCCGGAGAUCUUUACGGGACACGGCUACACUUUCGACUGCGAUUGGUGGUCACUGGGUACCAUCAUGUUCGAAUGCUUGGUCGGAUGGCCGCCCUUCUGUGCCGAGGACAGCCACGACACGUACCGCAAGAUUGUCAACUGGAGACAGACCCUGUACUUCCCUGACGAUAUCCAGCUUGGCGUGGAGGCCGAGAACCUGAUCAGAAGCUUGAUCUGCAACACCGAGAACCGUCUCGGCCGAGGGGGCGCCCACGAAAUCAAGCAGCACUCGUUCUUUAGAGGCGUCGAGUUUGACAGCCUGCGUCGUAUUAGGGCACCUUUCGAGCCCCGUCUGACUUCGGCCAUCGAUACCACCUACUUCCCGACCGACGAGAUUGACCAGACUGACAACGCGACCAUCCUCAAGGCGCAGGCCGUCCAGAAUGCCCGCCAGGGCGUGCCUGCGGUUGUCGAAGAGUCUCCCGAAAUGAGCCUGCCCUUUAUUGGAUAUACCUUUAAGCGUUUCGACAACAACUUCCGAUAG